CACGAUGCUCGGCCUGAGCAGCACGAGGAGCGAGGCCUACGUGCAGGAUCUGUUCCACGAAGAAGCACAGCAGGUGCCUCAAACACAGACGAAGCCUUGGUGGAAGAUCCAGUUGUUCGUGUGGGAGCCGGUGCUUUUUGGGACGUGGGAUGGUGUCUUCACGUCGUGCAUGAUCAACAUUUUUGGAGUGGUUCUCUUUUUGAGGACCGGAUGGCUUGUGGGAAACACUGGAAUUUUAAUGGGCAUGUUCCUGGUGUCCUUUGUCGUCUUGGUUGCCCUGGUAACGGUCUUAUCUGGAAUUGGGGUCUGCGAGCGGUGCAGCAUCGGAAGCGGAGGAGUCUACUCCAUGAUUUCUACUGUCCUUGGAGGUCAAGUAGGAGGGACCAUUGGCCUCCUUUAUAUUUUCGGCCAGUGCGUUGCAGGUGCCAUGUACAUCACUGGCUUCGCCGAGUCCAUCGCGGACGUCGUGGGGCUCAGCAACAUCUGGGCGGUGAGAGGAAUCUCCCUGGCUGUCCUGCUGGGCCUGCUGGGCAUCAACCUGGCGGGCGUGAAGUGGAUCAUCCGCCUCCAGCUCCUGCUGCUCUUUCUGCUUGCUGUCUCUACGCUGGACUUUGUCAUCGGGUCCUUUACGCACCUUGAUCCAGAGCACGGCUUUGUUGGCUACUCCGAAGAACUGAUGUCGAACAACACACUGCCGGACUACAGCCAGGGGGAGUCCUUCUUCACCGUUUUUGGAGUGUUUUUCCCAGCUGCCACAGGUGUGAUGGCUGGGUUCAAUAUGAGUGGCGACCUCCAGAAACCUGCUACCAACAUCCCCCUGGGUUCUCUGGCAGCUAUAGGCACCUCAUGGUUUCUGUAUAUGGUCUUUGUCUUUUUGCUGGGAGCUGUUUGUACCCGUCAGUCACUCCGCUAUGACUUUAUGAUAGCAGAGAAGGUGUCCUUGGUGGGUUUCUUGUUUUUGCUGGGGUUGUAUAUCUCCUCCUUAGCCUCCUGCAUGGGAGGGCUCUACGGAGCGCCCAGGAUCCUGCAGUGCAUCGCCCAGGAGAACGUCAUUCCUGUGUUCGCCUUCCUCGGACGCGGGAGAGGACCGAACAAGACUCCAGUGGCUGCAAUUUGCUUAACCAGUCUCAUCACCAUGGCUUUUGUCUUCAUUGGGCAAGUGAACGUCCUUGCUCCCAUAGUCACCAUCAUCUUCAUGCUGACAUAUAUUGCUGUAGACUAUUCCUAUUUCUCAGUCUCCUUGACUUACAACAUUCUGCAGAAGCCUGAGAAGAUGCAGAUGGAAAAUUUGAGGCCUGCUCACUCUUCCCAGCCUUUAAUUUUGAACAAGCCUUCCGCCUACGGAUCAGAUGGGAUAAUCCACAGCAGAUCAAAUGGCACCUUGCUGGAGUUCACCAGAGACAUGGACCAGCUUUUCAAACCGUUUCAUAAUGAGCCUGUCACUUGUGAAAAAAAAGAGGCAGCCGAGAAUUUAACCCAGAAAGUCAAGCAGAGAAAGCUAAAGAAGCCGGCCAAGCAAACGUUACAGGACAGCUUUCUCUUGGACCUGGAGCCCGGUGCUGGCCCAGCUCAUUACAGCCGCGAGGAACCGGUGCCGCUCGGUGCAGAGGGCCCCGCAGAGCAGAUCCCCCCACGCGAAGGGGCCCUGUUUGGGUCGGAACGGGACCCGCCGCGGUCGGAGCGAGGCGAAGGGGGCGAGCGGCUCCCUGAGGAGACACAGGUUCUCCCCGGGCAGAGGGCGGAAGAUUCAGCUGUAAAGCAACAAAAUCCAGAAUUGGGAAUUCAGCAAAUACCAGUAUCCUUCUACUCCAAGUUCUGCAAUCACUGGGUUUCCUUUGCUGGUGCAAUUGUGUCUCUCUUAAUAAUGUUUGUGAUUCAGUGGAUCUACACUCUUAUUAGCCUGGGUGCAGCAGUUAUCCUGUAUUUUUACAUUGGCCGGGUGAGUCCAGGACUUCCCCUUGGAGCAGCAGCCAACUUCAGUCUCUUCAGCUGGAUCAAGCUGCUGUUGGUCACCUCGUGCAGGCGAAGGCCGUCGCCCGAGGAGCACUUCGUGGUGACCCCGUCCUUUGCGACAGUCGGCGUGGAGACCACGCAGCUCACCGAGGAGAACGCCGACUUCGCCGCCCGCGGCCGCUACCACCGCUCCUCCGUUAUCAGCAGAGCGGACUUCGGGAAUCAGUUUUAG